AUGAUUCAAAUUACGCAACUCGCGAACAAAUGGAACUGGCUGUUGAGGAGAUCAGGCAGGCACUUGGAGAAGAUGCCACUGCCUGUUGCAGUCACAUUUCCAUUAUCAACGGAGGAGGUUGCCAUUAUUGCCAGAAUCUGUCACAAAAGGCGUGUUCCUAUGAGUGGCUCAAGUGUUGAAGGUCAUUUCUCGGCCCCGUUCGGUGGUAUCAGCGUUGACUUUGCCAACAUGAACCAAAUUCUACAAGUCCAUGCCGAUGACCUCAAUGUUGUUGUCCAGCCGUCUGUGCCUUGGAUGGACUUGAAUGAGAAGAUCAAGGAUACUGGUUUAUUCUUCCCAAUUGAUCCCGGCCCUUCGGCACAAAUUGGUGGCAUGAUCGGUACCAACUGCAGCGGCACCAACGCUGUGAAAUAUGGAACAAUGAAGGAUUGGGUGGUAAACCUAACAGUGGUCCUGGCCGACGGUACCAUCCUAAAAACCCGCAGAAGACCACGAAAGUCAUCAGCUGGCUACAAUCUCAAUUCCAUAUUUGUUGGAUCUGAGGGAACCUUGGGGUUCGUGACCGAGGCUACUCUCAAGCUCGCCCCGAUACCGGAGAACACUGGCAUUGCGGUAGUCACCUUCCCUACUGUCAAGGCGGCUGCCAGCAUGGCAAUCGAAGUUAUACGCCGCGGCGUACCUAUCAGCGCUGUGGAGAUUCUAGACGAGGUCCUCAUGAGCGUGAUCAACAAAAUGGGUGCCACUUCCAGAGAUUGGAGUGAAGUUCCCACAUUGUUCUUCAAGUUCAGUGGCAGCGACGCCAUUGUCAAGGAUAGCAUCGCUCGUGUGCAAGAUAUAUCGAAGAAACACCAAGUGCAAAGCUUUCUUUUUGAAAGUGAUCUAGAUAAGCAAAAGGCUCUGUGGUCAGCGCGAAAAGAAGCCCUAUGGAGUAUGAUGGCAUUGCGAGAAACAGAUGGACAUGUUUGGUCCACCGACGUGGCCGUGCCUCUUUCUCGGGUUUCAGAGCUUAUCGAUGUGUCUAAGAAAGACCUUGUCAAGCUUGGUCUAUUUGGAAGCAUCUUGGGCCACAUCGGCGAUGGCAAUUUCCACGAGACAAUUCUCUUCGAAGAGAAGCAACGCAAUGAGGUCGAAAAGUGUGUUGACAAAAUGGUUUACCGCGCUCUUGAAAUGGAGGGCACAUGCACCGGCGAGCAUGGUAUCGGCCUAGGGAAGAAGGACUUUCUGAGGGAGGAGGUUGGUGACGCACCGAUCCAGGUGAUGAGGGCAAUCAAAACAAGUUUAGACCCGCAUUGGUUGAUGAACCCUGGUAAGGUCUUUGAUCGGAAAUAA